AUAUUUUGCCUGGCCUAAGGAAAAAGUACAAAGAAACUGACUAAAGAGUAAAUGGAUGGGAGACAAAAGGCCCAUUUCAUUCUUUACCUCACCACUCAUUUACUUUAACUUCUUGUUUUAUUGGGUAGGCAAAACGGGGCCCACUUUAAUCACCCAAAAGGCACAAAAAAUGGGCCCCAUUGUCCAUUUGACAAGCUCGUCUUACCUGGGUUUCCUAAAACCCUGAAAUCGGAAAAGCUCGUAAGCUAGAGAUCAUCAGACGAAUAAGCUGUGAAAAAAUUGAGCAAUCAGAAACAGAAGGAAGAUGUGGUUAGCUGGGGUGGUGAAGAACAACAUAAAGGGAGGGAAUGGUAGCGUUGGGAGCUUGUUGGUUCGGUACGUGUCGAGGACUGGGGCAGUGAAUGUGAGAAAGAUCAACCCAAAGGUACCCAUUCCAGAAGCUCAUUCCAUCGCCAGUUCUCUCUACGACGUCAUCAAGCAACACGGUCCUCUCACCGUUCCCAACACUUGGAUCCACGCCAAGGAAGCUGGUAUUGGUGGACUAAACAGCAAAACACAUAUGAAGAUAAUGCUCAAAUGGAUGAGGGGGAGAAAAAUGUUAAAGUUGUUCUGCACCCAAGUUGGGUCCAACAAGAAGUUUUUGCACUGUACCCUGCCCGAGGAACCUCAAACUGACCAAUUAAAUAGCCCUCCAGAGCUUGUACUGCAAACCAAAAAGCCUUCCACUAAGAGAAAGAAGGAAACUAAAAAAUGAAAUGUAAAAUGUAUCCUGGUUCUUUGCCUGCAAUCAAUUUUAUUGCCAUGCAAGAUCCAUUAGGAUUUGAGUCUUCCUUUCUGGCUGAAUGCUUCUAUCAUGUUUUGUCUGUUGUUUUGCUAUUGUUAGGCUUUUAUUUUGCUGGCCCCUUCUUCCUUUUUCUAUAGAAUCUUUAAAUGCAAUUUAUUCUUGAAUGAGUAGCAGCAGAUCUGGAAACUGAUGUAGCAUUUUAAUUUGGACAUGAAGCAGUGUGGCCACCUUGUAAGAAUCAUAUUAAAGAGGUUUAGGGAAUAAUUAUGCGACUACUCUAUGUCUAUGACAAAACCUACUUCUUUUGAUCAGAUAAUAUCGCUGUCCUUGACAACCAGGAUUUUAAUUUAUAAUCUUCAAGUUCAAAGUACAUUCACAUUCUUGUUUAUGCCAAUUAUCGUAGCAUUAAUGGUAGCAUAUAGAAGCAACUGGCUAUUUCAGGGGUUCCAAAAAGUCUCCUGUCUUAACGACUGGAGAUUUUGGCAA